AUGCAGCGCGGCACCGCCCAGGUGCUGGCCGUGCACACGGGCGGGGGCCUCUGGGAGCGCAGGGAGACCACGCAGGGCCGGACAUCGCCGACCCGCCAGCACGUGCCCAUGAUCGCCUCCCCGGCGCCUACGCCUUCUUCGGCCUCCUGCUGCGGCCGGGCGUUCGAUGGGACCGAGAAGUUCUGCCCCCUGUGCGGGAAUCCGAGGGAAAUUGCGGCCAACAUGCUGAACAUGAGCAUGAACUCGCGCACGUCGGCCGUGUCGGCCCUGGGCACCGGGCGGUGGGCGGUGUCGGCCUCCGAGAUCGCCGCCUCCACGGAGCCGACGCCCCGGCCGAAGGACUGGAAAUCCUUCGAGAAGAGGGCGAACGAGUACGAGGGAGCCGGCCUCCCCUGGGGCCUCGCGGAGCUGCUCGCCGAGGAGGACUCUGCGAUCAGCGUGCGGGUCUUCCUGCUCGACAACUCUGCGUCCACGGCGAAGUCGGACGGCCGCAUGCUGGCGGCCAUGCCAGACCGGCGUUGCUUCGAGUUCGCGAACUCGUCGCGCUGGGAGGAGGUCAAGGCCACAGCCGUGGACCAGUCGUGGUGGAGCGCCCGCGUCGGAGCCCGCACGGAGUUCGUGGUGGUGAACCCGCUGCUGGGGGGCAGAGACACCUUCGUGGUGGACUGCGAGGCUGGCGACCCCAAUGGGCAGGUGCUAGAGCUGAAGAAGUUCCUGGACAGCCAUGGCCCGUCAGGGCGUACCCCGCUCGUGCAGAGAAUAAAGGACGUCCGGACCAGGCUGCUGAACAGGAAGUACCUCCGCGACCACGUCACGCUGACCAUCGUGACCGACGGGCUGCCGACCCUCGGUGGCAGCCCCACGGAGGAGGACGCGUACGAGGUGGGGGAGGUCGAGAGGAACAGCUUCGUAGACGAGAUCAAAACGUUUGCCUCGACGUUCAACGCGUCGAUCAUCAUCAGGCUGGCGACCGACGACGCGGGCGUGAUCGACUUUUACAACCAGAUAGACGACGAGGUAGAUCUGCCGCUGGACAUCCUCGACGACGUGCAGGGCGAGUCUGCCGAGAUCCACAUGGCCUCCCGGCGGGGCCGAAUGACAUUCCAAGGUGCUGGAUGCACAUGA